CACAACUUGCCGCGCCCGGCGUGGCGGCCCCGAGGUACCACCGCUCGGCGGCUCGGACCCGGGACAACCGGGCCCGGAGGGGCGGGGCCGGGUCUGGACUGCCGGGCACUCAGGUUCCGAGGAGAGAAGCCGCGGCAGCCGCUGCAGACGCGUCUCCCGAACCGUCAAGCUGGAGGCGGAACUGGAAGCCAGUGGGGGCGAGGCCCCGGCUGCGGAGCGGCGGCUCCUGCGCGGCCCGGGCCCCGCGGAGAUGGAGCCGGAGCCGGCGGUGGUGGAGGCGUCCCGGCGCAGCGAGCCGAGCGGGGGCCGGCUGCGCUGGUUCGUCACGGUGGUCCUGUGCGCCGCCUUCCUGGGGCUGGGACUAAGUAUUGCUAUACUGGGGCCCACAUUUCAAGAUCUGGCAAAAAAUGUGAACCGCAACAUCAGCAGUCUUUCUUUGAUUUUUGUGGGCCGCGCCUCUGGAUAUUUGAGUGGCUCUGUGAUCGGAGGAGUUCUUUUUGACACUAUGAAUCACUUUCUGCUUUUGGGAGUCUCAAUGUUGGCUACCACAGCCGGUCUUUAUCUCGUUCCAUUUUGUAAGACGGCAGUCUUGCUGAUUAUUAUGGUGUCCAUCUUUGGCAUUUCAAUGGGCAUUCUGGAUACAGGUGGGAACGUCCUGAUCCUGGCUCUUUGGGGGGAUAAAGGAGCCCCACACAUGCAGGCCUUACACUUCAGUUUUGCCUUUGGCGCCUUUGUGGCUCCAUUGCUGGCCAAGUUGGCAUUGGGCACAACGGUGUCUGCCGAAAACCACACGGAAACCGACCUGAACCAUUCUGCACUCAUCCAGUCCUCCGGAGCUGACCCAGGCGCUCUGCUGGGAGUGCCUGAUGAUCUGAAUUUAUUGUGGACCUACACUGUUAUCGGUACUUACAUUUUUGUAGUUUCUCUCUUUUUUUUUGCCUUGUUUUUCAAGAAAAGCUCAAAGCAGGAAAAAGCUAAAGUGUCUGCCCAGAGAUCUCGAAGAGCUAAGUAUCACGUAGCUCUUCUUUGUCUCCUGUUCAUUUUUUUCUUUUUUUAUGUUGGAGCUGAGGUCACAUAUGGCUCUUAUGUUUUCUCCUUUGCCACCACUCAUGCUGGCAUGACAGAAAGCGAAGCUGCUGGGUUGAACUCCAUCUUCUGGGGCACCUUUGCAGCCUUCAGAGGUCUGGCCAUCUUUUUUGCUGCAUUUUUGCAACCUGGAACCAUGAUUGUGUUGAGCAACAUUGGCUGUCUGACUUCUUCUAUAUUUUUGGUGCUUUUCAACAAGAACCGGAUUUGUCUCUGGGUAGCCACGUCAGUGUAUGGGGCCUCGAUGGCAACCACAUUUCCCAGCGGCAUUUCUUGGAUAGAGCAGUAUACAUCCAUCCAUGGGAAAUCUGCAGCAUUUUUUGUAGUAGGUGCUGCCCUAGGCGAAAUGGCUAUUCCUGCAGUCAUUGGAAUCCUUCAAGGAGAAUACCCAGAUUUGCCGGUGGUCUUAUACACCUCUUUGGGGGCGGCAAUAGCCACUGCAGUUUUAUUCCCUGUGAUGUACAAAUUAGCCACCUUACCUCUUGAUCGUGAGCGAAAAGAACGCAGGAAGAGUGAGGACCAGAAAGCUUUACUGUCUAGCUCUGGGCUGAAUGACUAUGAGGAUGGGAAUGAAGAUGAUGAUGGAGAAAAGUGGAAUGAAAUGGAUUUCGAAGUGGUUGAAAUGAGCGAUGCGAUGAUGAGUUCUGUCAUAGACACAUCUAGGAUCCUGAUGGCGCUGGCAGCUGACAUGUCCAAGCAACGCCACUCAGAUGCUUUGGUGUUGGAGUUUGCUGCUUUAGUUAAUGUGGGCAGCACCGCUGUCAGCCACUUGCAUGAAACCAGGACAGAAGGGACUUCUACUUAGAGAAGAUGGAUUUUCACUGUAUUGAAAGUCACCAGUUCUAAGAAGCAGAACACAAGCAGAUUUUCAACCUGCUUUUGGGAACCAAGUGUCUAAGUCAGAGUACAGCAAUGCUAAACAGUUUUCAGACAGUCCAGAGGCUUCCAUGAAGAAUAUAAUAUACUAGGAUUUUAUUGUGGGAACAAUUUUUUGGCAUGUGGCUGAUUUAUGUUUUAUGAUCAUACCUGCCUAUAGCAUGUAUAUGAGACUUUUAUUAUUUUUUUUAUGCUUUUAUUUUUGUGUAGGACAUCAUCACCUUGCCCCAAAUGUGCUGGUGGAUUCAUGGCCAUUCUCUCUCAUUGAUUCUUGACCUUGUGAUUCAGGCUUUAGGGAUCAGUUUUCAGUCCCGGUGGUGCUUUGUGGCUGCCAGGGUUAUCACAGUGGUGCUUGCCAGCACAGGGCCACAUCUGGGGUGCUGAGGUCUCUAGAAAAAUACUGGUAGUGCUUCAGGGGCCAUGGGGUGCUGGGGAUUGCACGUAGACCUGUGUAUAUCCUGCAAAUACUCCCAUCUCUUGAGAUAUCUCCUGUGCUCCUAAGACACUUUGAGGCUGCUUAUCCUCCUAGAUGAAUGUCAGUUGUAAGGACUAGAGCAAAUAGGGCACUUAUCUUGCAUGCUCUGACCCAGGUUUGAUCCCUGGCACCCGAUAUGGUCCUGCCAGAAGUGAUUCCUGAGUAGAGAGCCAGGAGUAAUUUCUGAGCACUGCCAGGUGUGGGCACCCCCCCCCAAAAAAAAAAAAACUUAUAAUUCAUCAGUGUGCUGAAAAGUUACCAGUUAUUGAUACUAUCUUAUUACAUAAUCAUCACAAUUGCAUAUUCAUUAUACCCUCUUUUUUAAGUUCAGAAAUUAUUUUUAUAACCUUUCAAAUAGAUUCACAUAAUGGUCACACCCUACAUUAUUGCAAAAAAAAAAUUAGGAUAAAAUCUGCAACAGUUACUUGGCAAAAUAAUGCUAUUCUGCCUAUGAAGUUUGGAUAGAUAUUUCUGUGCAGAUGGACAAGUUUCUCUUAACUGAUUUAUCCUGUGAGUAAGAUUGAACCAAAGAGUGAUAAUUACUUUUGAUUUCUAAUUUCUACGAAAAGCACUAGAACAGGAUGCUGGAGACCUGUCUUCAAGCCAGUUUAGCUGCUUCUCAGCCUUCUGACUCUGCAUUCAGUUUCUUAAGUUUUUUGUAGCUUUUAAAAGUUUUAUGAGUUUAUAAAUGAGUAUAAGGUGGUCAAACUAGGAAUUCAUUAGUUUCUAAGUUUGUACAAGAUAUCUGUUAGGACCUAAGGUAAAUGCUACCCAGUUUCUUAAUUUCAAAUGAAACAUGAAGGAAAUUGAUAGCUUUAAUUGAUAGGGCUGGAGAAAUAGUACAGGAAUUAAGGCAUUUGCCUUGCAUGUGCUGAUCCCCAAUUGUCAGCUGAGUUCGUGCAAAGGACUAAAGAACAUUCACUGAAUGUGGAAGCCCCUACUAUAGUUUCCAGGCACCCCAUAGUCCCCUGACUGCCUCUCGGAGACGCCUAAGCACUGUGCUGGAAGCAACCCCUGAGCACUAAUGGGCAUUAAGAAAAGAAACACACUUCAGAAUAUGUCUGAAAAGCCAGUGAUCUUGGGCCAAAGAAAGCUGGAGCAAGAGGCACUUGCCUUGCAUGUGAACAACACAGAAUUCAAUCUCUGGCACUGCAUGGUCCUUUGAGCACUGGGAGUAACCCCAAAACCCAAAACACUCCCCUCUAGAUCAGUGAUCUUUGAAUAUUGCUACUAAAUUCAAUAGGAAAAUUUUGUAUGUAAAAUAGUGUCACGUUUUAUAAUUGUGUCUAUAGUAGCCAAAAAUAUACAGUAAUUGUGAGAGCUA